AUGGCGGUACGAAGCACCAAGAAGGGCGAAGAGGCAACUGCACGAAUCCGCCAAGCAUACCCAGACUGCAAUGUCGAAGUAUGGGAGCUCGACGUGCUAUCCUACCCAUCUAUUCAAGCACCGCCUCACACCGGUCGUUCCGAACCCGGCCGUCUGACCGUUGUCGGUUCCGGUACAGCUCUCUUCGCCUCAUUCGAUAAUCGCAAGGCCGAGCCGCUCAUUCCCAACUUCGACGAUCCAUUCUCAGGACUCGCUGCAGAAGGAGAGCGCUACGGGCUCUCGAAACUGCUCGUCAUGAUCCUGGUGUAA